UGGAAACUUAAGUGUUAAGUUUAGCUCCAGUGCUGAUCAGUUUCUAUUCGCGAAUUCAAACUCAAAAUUUUUCAAACAAGCAUAUCCCAUAAAAAAAUACUUUUUUUUGUUUAAAGGAUAAAUUUAUUAAAAAAUCAAAAUCAAAAUGAAAUUCAGUGCUACUCUUGCUUUGGCUGUUAUUGUCGGCCUCGUUGCCUGCACCAGUGCCUUCCCAGCUCAAAAAAGAAUGGUUUACUACCAACGCCCUGCUCAAUACUAUGCUGCUCCCCAACGCAUGAUGUAUGUUCAAUAUAUGCACCCCUCACCAUUUGCUCGUUCAACCCAAGGAGCUGAAGCUUUGGUAGCUGGUGAAUCUGUUGCCACUGGUACCUAUUUGCAAGAUUGUGAUCAUGCUGAAGCUGAUGUUAAUGUUGCCGGCCCCGCUGUUGCCUUCGAAGCUCCCGCUCCCGUUGAUAUUGUUGCCGAACAUGGUGAAGAUGUCUUGAGCGAAGCUCAUGGUGUUCAUGCCAGCCAAGCCGAAGCUGAAGCUUAUCCCGUUGCUGAAGAAGACACCUUAACCACUUUCGAGGUGCCCGCUGAUGUUGACAUUGUCGCCGAAGAAAAUGAAGUGUCCGAUGAUGCCGCCAAGGUACCACGUGAAUUCAACUUGGAAGGUGCUGAUGACAUCAAUGCCCCUGGUGAAGCUUUCGCCCCUGAAGUAGCCCCCGAAGAAGCCCCCGAAGUGCCCGCCGUUGAUGUAGAAGCUCCCGUUGAAUUGCCCGCUGAGGCCCCCGUUGAAGCUCCCGUCGAAGCUGCCGUAGCUCAUGAUUUGCCCGUUCCCGCUCCCAUUGCUCCCGUUGCCAAGCCCGUCAACCGUUACUUGCCCGCCAAGAAGAAGGUCUACGUUGAAUUGGACCAAUCUGUUGAAUCUGCCGAAGAUACCGGUUUAGUUGCUGCCUCCGAAGAAGCCGAUGAAGAAGAAGAAGAAGAACAUGUUGCCCCCGUUGUUACACGUCGCCCCGCUCGUCGUCCCUCUGCCGGCAAGAAACCCGCCAAGGCUACUGCUCCCGCCAAGAAAGAACAGAAACCCCUUCCCGUUGGCACUUUCUUCCCCAUCAACUUCGGUGGCACCAAGGGUGGCGCUAUUGCCAUUGCCAAUUCUUUCAGCACUGGCGAAGGUGGUUCCGCUACUAGCCACGCCAUCGCUUACGGUUCUCCCGAUGCUGCCGCUCUCCGUGGUUGCGUCACCUGCAAGAAACAUUAAAUUGACUGUUGCUCCAAAGGCAUUUUUUCUCUUUUUUGUAUGUAAUAUAAGCCAUUGUUCUGUGCCCUAUUAUUACUGGUCUUUACGACUGCUAUAGUUUUCUUUUUUCUUGUUUGAAUUUUAUUUUUAAAAAAAAAAACCUUAAAAAUGUUUUAUUGAUUUUAUUAUUUUUUUAGUCCAAUUGUAAAAAAAACCAAACCCCAAAAAAAUAAAUAAAAAAAAAAUUAUCCUUUAAAAAAAAAACUAAA